AUGCCGAGUAAGGGCAACGCACCUCUGCCCCCGCCGAUACGACGCCUUCCGAUAAAAGCCCGUCAUAAGCUCCCUAAGAGACAGGGACACCUCAAGGAGGCAUCGGGCACGGCACAUCAAGCGUACCGUAGUCCCCACAGCCGGCUGCUCUCCCUCCCCGCGCUUGAGAAGACGUUGUUCUACACCGUCAAGGUAAUUUCCAAAAGGAAGCCUAAAAACAAUUUUCGUAGUUACCUUUAUAUUAUUAUUAUUAAGGGAAAAUGUCCUGAAGAUGGAUGGGAUGAAAGCACCAUUGAACUGUUCCUUCAUGAACUUGCUAUAAUGGAUAGCAAUAACUUUCUGGGCAACUGUGGUGUGGGUGAGAGGGAAGGAAGAGUGGCGUCAGGGCUCGUUGCCCGAAGACAUUACAGGUUGAUCCAUGGAAUUGGAAGGUCAGGUGAUAUUUCUGCAGUCCAGCCUAAAGCUGCAGGGUCUAGCCUUUUGAACAAACUUACUAAUUCAGUAGUUCUGGAUAUUAUAAAGCUGGCUGGUGUCCGGACAGUGACCAAUUGCUUUGUGGUUCCCAUGGCAACUGGCAUGAGUCUAACUCUGUGUUUUUUAACAUUGCGGCACAAGAGACCAAAGGCAAAAUACAUUAUCUGGCCACGUAUAGACCAGAAAUCUUGCUUCAAAUCAAUGAUAACUGCAGGUUUUGAGCCUGUGGUGAUAGAAAAUGUAUUAGAAGGCGAUGAGCUACGGACAGACAUUGAAGCAGUGGAGGCUAAAAUCAAGGCUCUUGGUGCUGAAAAUAUUCUUUGUGUGCAUUCUACAACGUCUUGCUUUGCUCCAAGGGUACCUGAUAGGCUGGAGGAACUGGCUGUGAUUUGUGCUAAUUAUGACAUUCCCCAUAUUGUCAACAAUGCGUAUGGAGUACAGUCUUCAAAAUGUAUGCAUCUUAUCCAGCAGGGUGCUCGAGUAGGCAGAAUAGAUGCUUUUGUUCAGAGCUUGGACAAAAAUUUUAUGGUUCCAGUAGGUGGUGCUAUCAUUGCUGGCUUCAAUGAGUCCUUCAUUCAGGAGAUCAGCAAAAUGUAUCCAGGAAGAGCAUCUGCCUCUCCUUCUUUAGAUGUCCUCAUUACACUUCUGUCUCUAGGUGCCAGUGGCUACAAACAGUUACUGAAAGAGAGAAAGGAGAUGUUUUCCUAUCUUUCAAGUGAGCUGAAGAAGCUGGCAGAUAUCCACAAUGAGAGACUGUUAGACACACCACAUAAUCCCAUUUCCUUAGCCAUGUCACUGAAGAAUCUAGAUGAAAAUAACGAUGCUGCUGUUACCCAACUUGGAUCUAUGCUUUUCACGAGACAGGUUUCUGGAGCAAGGGUUGUUCCCUGUGGGUCUGUACAAACAGUGAAUAACUACACUUUUAAAGGCUUUAUGUCGCAUGCAAAUGACUAUCCCUGUGCUUACCUCAAUGCUGCCUCAGCAAUUGGAAUUAAAAAGCAAGAUGUAGAUGUAUUCCUGAAAAGACUUGACAAGUGUUUGAAGACUUCUAGAAAAGAAGCAAAGAAAGAAAAAAGUGUAAAUGAAAUAAGUAAUUCUAACACAGGCACAGAACAACUUGGAGACUAGAAGAUACAGAUCUAGUAACACAGGAAGAUAUGCUCUUGUUUGAAGUAUGUCAGGUUUGUAUUGGAUUAGCAUUGUGAAUCUGCAGUGGAGAAAAUUUAUUCCUGAUCUGUAAACAACCACAAAAAAAAACUUGGGUGAAAUUCAUCUUUGAAGAAAGUAGGUGAUAUUCUCUCCAAGACAGAGGGCCCCACACAAGCUUUUUGCAGCACAAAUAUGCACUUAAUAUCUGCCAAAGUAAAGCUUUACAUUCAUAAAGACCUUGAGCUGGCCUUUCAGUCUGUGGGUGUUCAGCACAUCACAGAAUGCUUAUUCACAUAUUUUGAUUAACAAGAUUUUCUGUGGCAGUGACUGAAUUCCUUCCUAGGUAUGGACCAUCCAGCAAGAAAUAUUUCACUGCUCUCAAAAUCUCUUUUGUUUCUCAUCAGCAUAUGCGCCACUUUUCAUUUCUUCUUGAAGAUUUAUGUAAGUGUUGGGAUAGCCCUUACUAAAUACAAUGUUAAAACUGCAUGAGGAAAUGAUAAAGUUGGAAUAGUAGUGUUUUCAGGUGUUCUCACCUCUCAAGAACUGCCUAGAACAAAGCAGCCCUCAGUGGCAAAGAAAAACCUAGAAUACCUCUCAUAUCCUGUCAGUAUUCAGCUCUUGGAAACAUUUGCAUAGUUCAGCAACCCAAAGGAAUUUAAUAAUGAAAGCAAGGGGUUGUGGAGUGGAGAGGUACUGUCAUCUCCCCCCCCCCCCCUUUUUUUUUUCCAUUUCAUCUUUUCUUUGAUAGGGUGAUCAGGUCAGAGACCCACUGAAAAGGAAGAAUGCCUUGUGGGAUUAAUGCAGCAGUUUCAAGAGCCAGUGAGACCUGAGGGUAUUUUGGCGUUUUUAGUCCAUUGUUGUUAAAAUAUAUAGACUUCCAUUUCUGAAGUGUGUCUUGCCACUGGCACUGUUGCUUCUGUGGCUGUAUGCAGUUGCUGAUUUGAAUUCAUUAAGCAAACAAUAACUUUGGAGUCUGUUCCUGAAACAUAGGUUCCGUAUCACUGGAGUGACCGUGCUGUAGGUUGCAAAACUUUUAGUUAAUUAUUCUUAAAUGCAAUUACUACAUUGUAUGUAGUUUUUAUGUCAUUUACUGUUCAAAGCGAGCUUAAUGUUGAAAGACAUUUUCUUUGUCUGUCUGUAAUGUAGUAAUACUUGGGACACCACAAUUAAUGAGUUCUAAAUGUCAGGAAAAAUUCUAGCUACUUUGUUUGGAUCUGAGACGUGUAUCCUUCAGAGCCCUUUGUAAAAUGCUUGAUCAAAAUAGUGGUGCUUUUGAGAGGAUUGUCUAUCCAGCAUGUUCAAAUGAAUUGAUACAAGAGGUGAUGUUAAUAUGCGGAAGUUAAUAGUAUGCUAAUCAUCAUGAAGGUGCUCUCACUUAGUGAGGUCCAUUGUAUCUUAAGCUUAAAUUGCACUGCUGCUUCUACGUUGUUAUUGCUACAGUUACACAUUAGAUUGAUUAAAGCUUGUGAAGGUAUGGCUCCCCGGGCUACAGUCACAGUUGUUAUUUGCUGUACAAACACAUCCUAGGAGAAAUGUAAUAUAACUUGACCACUGAGUUCUUGUGGCUAUAAGGAGAUGUAAAUUUCUUUUCUUUCUCUCCCCGCCCCCCCCUUUUUUUUAUUGAGAGCAUGCUGUACCUCAGUUUUUCCAGUCAGUAAAACUCUCUUCCACAAGCUCGGGAGCCAAAACUCUGCCGGCUCACUGCCUCAGUAUUCAGUAUAUUGGAGCAGCCAGUGAAAACCACAAGGCCUUAGUGAUACCUUUCUUCCUGGUUUUUGAUAUUGCUGUUCUGUGCCUCAAUGAGUAUAAAUUAUUCAUUUAGAUGACUAGUCACAUAAUGCAAACAUUAGAACUAUUGUUACGAGAGUUUAGGGAGGUGUAUGGUAGCAGCUAAAAUAAGCAUUUGAUGAAUAAUAUCCUGAAACUGAAUAAAGCAAACAGCAGUUGCCUUCUCUGAGAGGAAGAAACCUCUACCUUUUAUGUUCUCAUAACAAAUUGUCUGCUGCAAAUAAUCACUCACUUCUUCUAUAGAUUGAACUGCUUUCUCGGGUAGUGUUUUUCCUGUCUUCAAAAUGUUUUCCAUUUGAAAUUAAAGCUGAAAAGAUCAACAAAUCUCUAUAAGCAGGUAUCCAGGGAAAGAAUUAAGUGGUUUGUUCUGAUUUUGACCUUUUAAAUCUUUGUUUUAAUUAAAAAAGAAUUUAAGAUGAUGGCUUUAAUUGAAAAAAAAAAAAAAACCAAAGCAAAACACAAAACCCCACAUUUUUAAUUUGUGUGUCGCUAUAUCUCUUUGCAAAUCUUAGUGAUGCCACCUGAAGUCAGGAAACUUAAAUAUUUUGAGAAAUGUGCCCCACCAUGUGUAUAAACUCUUGAACUAAAUAUUUGUGUUACGUUACUUUGGUAAGCUGGUGUACCAGUUUUCAGUUUUGUUUGCUUGCUUUGUCCCCUUAAAUGUCUUUACUGAAUAUUAAAUUUUUAGAGCGGGAAGCAUUAUAUAAUGUCAUUAUAAAUAUAAUGAAAUUUUAAGUAAUUCGAAUGGCACUAUACUUUCAAGUAAAUGGAGAAUAAUUGAUUCUUUAGGAGAUUCAGUAGAUAAAAAGUAUUUUUCAAGGAAGAGUAUAAAUCACUUAUUCUCUAUUCACUAAUAUCUAUAAUAAAGUAGUGAAAUAAUAUUGGAACA